AUGGAGGAGUCUACCAAGGUCAGAUACAGGGAUAUGGAGGAGGCGACCAAAGGUCAGAUAAAGAGAUAUGGAGGAGACGACCGAGGUCAGAUACAGAGAUAUGGAGGAGUCUACCAAGGUCAGAUACAGAGAUAUGGAGGAGUCUACCAAGGUCAGAUAAAGAGAUAUGGAGGAGUCUACCAAGGUCAGAUACAGAGAUAUGGAGGAGUCUACCAAGGUCAGAUACAGAGAUAUGGAGGAGGCGACCAAGGUCAGAUACAGAGAUAUGGAGGAGUCUACCAAGGUCAGAUACAGAGAUACAGGUCCCAGGGAUAUGGAGGAGUCUACCAAGGUCAGAUAUAUGGAGGAGACAGAUACAGAGAUAUGGAGGAGGCGACCAAGGUCAGAUACAGAGAUAUGGAGGAGUCUACCAAGGUCAGAUACAGAGAUAUGGAGGAGGCGACCAAGGGAUAUGGAGGAGACUACCAAGGUCAGAUACAGGGAUAUGGAGGAGACUACCAAGGUCAGAUACAGAGAUAUGGAGGAGACUACCAAGGUCAGAUACAGGGAUAUGGAGGAGACUACCAAGGUCAGAUGCAGAGAUAUGGAGGAGUCUACCAAGGUCAGAUAAAGAGAUAUGGAGGAGACUACCAAGGUCAGAUACAGAGAUAUGGAGGAGUCUACCAAGGUCAGAUACAGGGAUAUGGAGGAGACUACCAAGGUCAGAUACAGAGAUAUGGAGGAGUCUACCAAGGUCAGAUACAGAGAUAUGGAGGAGUCUACCAAGGUCAGAUACAGAGAUAUGGAGGAGACUACCAAGGUCAGAUACAGGGAUAUGGAGGAGACUACCAAGGUCAGAUACAGGGAUAUGGAGGAGACUACCAAGGUCAGAUACAGAGAUAUGGAGGAGACUACCAAGGUCAGAUACAGGGAUAUGGAGGAGACUACCAAGGUCAGAUGCAGAGAUAUGGAGGAGUCUACCAAGGUCAGAUAAAGAGAUAUGAAGGAGACUACCAAGGUCAGAUACAGAGAUAUGGAGGAGUCUACCAAGGUCAGAUACAGGGAUAUGGAGGAGACUACCAAGGUCAGAUACAGAGAUAUGGAGGAGUCUACCAAGGUCAGAUAAAGAGAUAUGGAGGAGUCUACCAAGGUCAGAUACAGAGAUAUGGAGGAGUCUACCAAGGUCAGAUACAGAGAUAUGGAGGAGACUACCAAGGUCAGAUACAGAGAUAUGGAGGAGACUACCAAGGUCAGAUAAAGAGAUAUGGAGGAGUCUACCAAGGUCAGAUACAGAGAUAUGGAGGAGACUGA